AAACCCCGAUUUUAACUACCUGGGCACUAGCUAUUCUCAAAGUUUCAACAAAAAGCCCGGAAGUUAUUGAUAUUUCAUUUUUCUUUAGAUUAGCAAUGCUUUGUAUACCUUUAUUUGUAAUAUAAUGGAGUUAAAGCAGACAAGUGGACAUGUUUCGCAUCCACCAGAUUCAGAACGCGACAAGGAGACCUUCAAUUACGUAAAUUUAGCCGAUAGUAGAAAUAGUGCACACUACAGCAACUUACUGCACGCUGGAUCACAUGAUGACAGACAAAGCACGUGUACUAUCACCAACGGGGGACAUUAUGAAGAUAUAGUGUUAAAUGAAGCAGCGUCUAAAGUCAGAGGUGAAAGUGAGAGUGAUGAUAAGCACAUCAGUGAUAAUGAAAAAGUGAACAGUGUUUCUUGUAAUAUAAAAAGUAUAAAACUUGUUACGUGUGUGCAACUUUUUCUGACACUCAGUUCUGUCGGGAUCAGCAUUUUCGCUUUAACAUUUGUUGUUACAGAAGAACAAAAAGCUGAACCCGGUGUAUGGUACAGCUGGGAACCAUGGGAGGCAUGCACAGUUACCUGUGACGUAGGAAUGCAACGUCGGUAUCGCAGAUGUUCAAAUUCAGUUGACGGAUAUGCCAUAAGCCUAUGCAUUGGUGCAAACAACGAAUACAGAUUAUGUUUACAUGAACCAUGCUCUAAUGGAAGUUGGUCGGUUUUGGGAGCCUGGAGUAACUGUAGUGUUUCUUGCGGCGGCGGACUUCGGUCAAGGUCAAGAAAUUGCAAGAUUCAAAGAUCUGUUCUUUUCGGCCAGUACUGCGAAGGCGAUAAGACACAAGUAGAAAUAUGUGGCCGCAGAGCAUGCAAAGAUGGUGGUUGGUCUGUGUGGGGAUCCUGGGACAGCUGUAGCGUGACAUGUGGUGGUGGAUUCCAUUCUAGAUCAAGAACAUGUUCAAAUCCAAGUCCUUCAUUUCUAGGGCGAUACUGCAAUGGCGAUUCGUUGCAAGUACAACCAUGCAGUAGGGAAAAAUGUAAAGAAGAAUCGGUCGCAUUUAAUGCAAACAAAACUUCAGUUUUGGAUAGCAGUUUGUUAAGAACAAUAGUAUUCACUCAGAUAUUGCUGAACGACGGCGGGGCAUAUAACAAUGCCACCGGCAUAUUUACGGCGCCGACGACUGGAAUAUAUCAGUUCAAUGGUCAUGUUUGUGGGAACAGUGGGAAGGACAUGUUGUAUAAGCUUAUAGUUGAAGGACAGACUUUGAUAAGUGGAGGAUAUAAGGUAUCUUCAAAUGACACAGACCGGAAGUGCACAUCAUUUGGUGCUGCUGUUCACGUGCGACAAGAUGAAAAAGUCCAAAUAGAAGCGACAAAUUUAUUUCAAAAUGUAAAUAACUCCAAUACCUUUUCCGGUGCUCUUAUUCUUAGACUGUAGAUCUAUCAGUGUAUAAAAUAACAAUUUGGCGGAUGAAAAUAAAUGGAUACACGAGUA